ACCAUGAGCUUUGGGCCUGCCUGCAUCUUCCUCAAGGGAGCCAAGAAUGUGGAACGCACACUAGCUCCUGAAGAAAUAGAAGAGCUGCGAGAGGCGUUUGAUGAGUUUGAUAAAGAUCGUGACGGCCUGAUCAGCUGUAAGGACCUGGGGAACCUGAUGAGGACCAUGGGCUACAUGCCAACAGAGAUGGAACUCAUCGAGAUCGGACAGAAGAUCAACAUGAGCUUGGGGGGUCGUGUGGACUUUGAUGACUUCGUGGAGCUGAUGGCUCCAAAGUUGCUGGCAGAGACGGCGGGAAUGAUCGGCAUCAAGGAGCUCAAGGACGCCUUCAAAGAGUUUGAUAUGGACGGUGAUGGCUCGAUAACAACUGAAGAGCUUCGUCAUGCCAUGGUGAAGCUGAUGGGCGAGCGAGCGAAUGCUCGAGAGAUCGAAGCCGUCGUCAAGGAGGCCGACAACAACGGAGACGGAACUGUGGACUUUGAGGAAUUUGUGAAGAUGAUGAUGUCCCACUGA